AUGGAUAUGCUUCAUGAUAAGUGUGGUGACCCUAUUGGGAGCACCUCAGAUGAUUGUUGGGGUUACGAGGUAGAUAAACAUAAAUAUCAAUAUGAGGAAUUAGAGAAUAGCACUUACUUUGAGCCCUUCGAUAUGGAAUCACAAGAUAAUAGUGACAGUAUAGAGGAUUUUUUGUUCUUUAAUAUCAAUCUAAGCCAGAAGUUUGAGUUCGAGAGCCAAGGGCAAGACGAGCACACAAAAAAGGCAAAAAAACAUAAUCCAUUUUAUGUACCGUCAAAAGUAGUGCGGGAGAUGGUCAGAAAAACUGACGUUGAAUAG